AGGACACAGCGCCGACGUUGAUAAGGCGAUGGCGAUUGCGCGAUUAGAUCUCGAUAACACGCGCAAAACAGUCUCAGAAGUGUUUGCAGCUGCGCAGAUCGCGGACGAAGAUGACAACGAUGACAAUUUCAAAUUCAACCAAUGGGCAGGAGCGGAACGAAAGGAAGAUCGACGCCAGAGCCUUGGUAUCGACCUUAAACGCCUCGCAACGAUAGCGCAAGUGACCUACAUCGAGUCGAGGCAGGCGGAUCGCAUCAAAGCUCUUCGUAAAGUCGUGGAGAAGACGGAGGUCGACCGCAAUGACGCUGAUCAACAACAGAAAGAGUUGCUUCGGCGCGUGCACGAUCUCGAGGAACUCGCCAAGAAUUACCGGAGCGACAUGGCUGCCGCGACCAAGCAGAGCAGUGACCUGACUGUUUUCAAGGAACUGCUGACUGCUGUCAAGGAGCUGAUGGCUGCCGUAACUAAAGAGCGUAGCAGUGACAUGGCUUUAGUCAAGGAACUGCUCUCCGCCAUGGCCAAGGAGCGCAGUAGUGACAUGGCUAUCGUCAAGGAACUUCUAGCUGCCACGACCAAGCAGAGCGGCACUGUCAAGCAAAGCCGGGGCAACAUGAUCACGGCGACUCGGGAAACAAUAGACCCUGAAGCGAUGCAGGCCCUGAAAGACGAGAUUACGACUCUGAAGCAGGAGCUUGAGAACCUCCGCCCUAUCAAGCGCUUCCUGGACAACCACUAUGCUCACAGAAAUACUUCGACAAAGGACAAAUCUGAAUCGGGGAUUACGGAGGGUUCUCGGUCGUCUCGACAGGAUGAUCAGACCGGUUCCAGCAUCCCACGCCACGACAGCCAGUCGCGUCUCCUGGACGUCUUUAAACCAGACACUGGCGCAUCACAGGACCAGCUGAAGAAUCGCCACUCAGAUUCGACGCUCCGGACCGCGCGCGACAUGAGCCACAAGCUGUUCAGAAAGUUGCCCGGCAGCAAGACCUCGCUGCACCAUUGACCAGUACAGUGUGUAGUAUGAAAUGUGCGUCGCGGGAUGUGAGACGUGAUUGAGGAUUUCGCCUGGUGAACUUUGGACAGUUGUAUCAUUGAUCGUUAGAAAACCUUGGAAUGCAUGUCUCCCGUCAAACCUUGGAAUUGGACCGACACUAUCAUGACUCAC